AUGAAUAUCAAUACUUCUAUUGCUAUACAAGCAGUACUGCUUGUUUUGGCAUUAGUUGUUCUUAUUCUACGAACCUGGGCGCAUUACCUCCUAAAGCAGAACCUCCUCAACCUGUCUGACGUUUUUGCAUGGCUAGGAUGGGUCUUCAGCUUGGGAUGGUUUAUCUGCUCGACUCUCGCGCUCCAAAUCCUCAUCGACAACCCUGCAAUCGGAUCCGAGCUCGUGGUCAAUAAUGUUGAGUACUUGAAAACCGUGCUAGUGGCUGAGUACUUCUUUGACACGGGUAUCUACUUUCCCAAGAUAUCCAUUGUUCUCUUCUACUGGACGUUAAUUCCCAGGGUUCUGGAAACCUUGAGAAGAGUGUUACUCGGAAUCUCGAUUUAUCUCGGUUGCGCUCUGCUCGCAUCGGUGCUCACCAAUACGCUCAUAUGCCUGCCUUUCUCCGAUAACUGGUCCAUCGAAAAUCAACUCAAGUCAGCUUGGAAUUCGUACCCUUCCUUCUGUAUUCAGUGGGCUCUCAACUUUUCCACGGACUUGCUCAUAUUUGUCUAUCCAUUCUUCCUCCUCAAACACUUGAGAUUGCGAAAGGAACAAAAGAUUGGCCUCAUUGGCGUCUUUUCCCUGGGAACAAUCACAUUGAUGGUCAGCCUCUCACGAUUCAUCGCAUACAAUGUUACCGACUUUGAGCUUGAGGACGAAUCCGGCAACACCUUAACUCUCGCCGAAAUGAGUACCGCCGUCAUCGUCGUUUGUCUCCCGGGCCUCCGAACAUUCCUCGUACGAUCGAAAAAGUCGACAAAUCGCUCGUCCUCACACCAGCUCAGCGGCUAUGGCAACCACACAAGGAUCGGCGUAGGACAAACAUCCAAGACCGGCGCACAUAAAGGGCAAGGGCCGCCAUCAUCUUACGCAAAAUGGGGCGUGAGAGAUGAUGAGAUCGAGUUGGUAACUCACAUACGCGUUUCCCACGAACUGGCGAAUCCCGACGCCUACAGCGCGAGCGAACAAAGUGCGACGAGUCGAAAUUUAGGGUUAUAA